CUUUUAUUUGUGAUUUUUUUCGCCAUUUUGUUAUAUUUAUACCAACUAAUCGUUGAUAAUUUUAAAAUAUAUGUUGAUUUUGUAACAGCUGAAAGUUAUUUAGAAUAAUCGGUGAAAUUUUCACGUUUUUACUAGUUAUUUUGUCAGAAUAUUUCAUUAGAGUUUGUUGCAUUCGUUGGCCGAUAUCUCGUGCUCUGCGAACGGCGGAUGCCUAAUUCGUAAUUGUAAUUCCUUCGCGAUUCGAUUAGCAUGAAAUGAACAGCAACACUGAAGAACCCCCAUCUAAACGUCUAAAAGUAGAAGAACCAAAAUGCAAUGAAACAAGUUUGCAACCUUCCGGUUCAACGUUACCAAAUGAUGCAACUCAAGACAACAAAGUCAACAUUACAAUCAGUUGUGUUCCCUUUGCGGAUAAAUUGACAAAAAUUUUCAUUAACCCAAUAAAACGUAAUUCACCUGAUGUGGUCGAACAAAUUAAACCACAAGUGCAGACAAAUGCUUCAGCGCCAACAGGAACUCCUGCAUUGGCAAUUCAAUCUGGGACAUUACUGGGUUCACCUUCUAAUGUUCAAACUGUCAACAAUACUAAGGCUAUUCUUUCGACAAACAUACCUCCUAAUGUUGUCGUUCAACCCUUGCCAUCCCAAAAUGUGAAUCAAAUAGGGUUGUUAAGACUUCAGAAUCCAGUGAACAUUCAACAUGUAUCAUCUGCAACAUCAUCGCAGCAACGACCUCUUCUGGCUACGAAUUUACAAAAUGUUAUAACAACAACAGUUUCCGCAAACAGCAAAACAACUGCUGCAGUGGUUACAUUUAGUAACCAGUCAGGAAAUGUUGUUCCUUUGAGAAUACCAUAUCAAAAUAUUUCUUUACGGAAUCCUGUUGCCAUUGUUCAAAAUAAUUUGCCUGCCUCAUCAUCUUCGACAUCAACCCCGGUCAUAUACCAGCCUAUUGUUUUGCAGCAGCAGCAACAUCCUAGACCUGUACUUGUCGUGCAACAAAAUCCAAACAACAAACAAGUGGCUUACACAAAUCAGACAAUGGCAACAUUAGUCAUUCCGCCGAAUGGCAAUGUUCCUCCUCAACAAUUUCAACAGAAAGUCCAGUCCCAACAGACACUGUCCAAUCAGAUCAAUCAUGUCAUUGUUCAAAAGCAGCCACAGCAAAAUCAACUGCAACCGCAAACUAAUCAGAUGCAGUUACAACAGCAGCAGCAGCAUGUGCAGCAGCUACAGCAGCAGCAAGUGAUGCAGCCAAUUCAGCUUCAAAUGCAACAAGUGCUUAAUCCCCAGAAGCCUGCUGUACUUCGCCAGCAAGUUUUAGUACAACAACCAACAGCCAAUACAGCAUUAAUUGUCAGGAACCAACAACAGCAACAACAAUUGCAAACACUACAACAGCAAUUACAACAACAACCAUCCCAACAGUUACAAAUACAACUGCAAAAACAGCAACAGCAACAACAAAAUUUACAACAAUUGCAACAACAACAACAACAGAAUAUACAGCAAUUGCAGCAGCAACAACAACAAAAUAUACAACAAUUACAACAGCAACAACAGAAUAUUCAGCAAUUGCAACAGCAACAAAAUAUGCAACAACAGCAACAACAAAACACUCAACUACAACAACAAUUUCAACAAACUCAGCUACGACAGCAACAACCCAAGCCUCAGACAGCUACGACAAGAACUACUGGUACACUAUCAGAUCCAACGAAGAGGCGACAAAUCCAACAGCAGCUUCUUUUAUUGUUACAUGCUGAAGACUGUGCCAACAAACUGAAAAAAAAUGGGCUCGCAAAUUUCACAUGCGACCAGCCACAUUGCCCGGCUAUGAGGAAAUUAUUGAGCCAUAUUGAAACUUGUAAAUUGGAGAAGGCGUGCAAAGAGUACUGCUGUAUUUCUUCGAAACAAAUUCUGCAUCAUUCUAGGAACUGUGUUGCUCCUGCUUGUUCUGUUUGUAAUCCUGUCAGACAGAAAAUUAUGGAGCGACAACAACUGAACAACAACAAACUAGCUGACAGCAAAAAUAAUGUUGCAACGAUGAAUGGCAGUAGCAGUGUCAACAACAUUAACAAUGGCCUUUCAUUAACACAACAAAAUGGCACAUUGUCAACAGUGAUGGCACCUAACAACAUUACUCUUCAGUCGCUUCUGCAAACAACCAAUGCACAGACAUCAUCAACAUCGACGUCGUCUGUCUUAAACAAUCACCAGACAUCAACUAAUGCACCAACGACGUCACAACAACAUUCUUUUCAGCCAGCUAUGAUGGCGAAAGCAUAUGAAGCCUUAGGACUCUCGCUAAUUAAUGACACUACAAAUUGUCACACAUUCCUCACAACCAAUCACAAUAAUCAGCAGCUCGACCAAUCAUUAUCUUCAUCAACACCAUCGUCGUCGUCGUCAUCUAAGACCACCCAACUGGAGGCUUCUUCGUUACAAUCAGCGUGUCUACCACUUUCUCUGAACAACGGUGCAAGCAAGAGCUGGCAUGCCACCGUCACAGAUGACCUCAGAACCCAUCUUGUACUGAAACUUGAACAAUAUAUGAGAACUUUGUGGUUUUCAAACAGAGUCCAUGCCAUCUUUCCUACAACUGAUCGUCAGGCAUUCAUGGACAAACGAAUGAACAGUUUGGUCCAGUAUGCCAGAAAAGUCGAAGGGGAUAUGUAUGAGCAAGCCAACAGUCGAGAGCAGUAUUAUCAUUUCCUGGCUGAGAAGAUCUACAAAGUUCAAAAAGAGCUUGAGGAACGCAGAACAAAAAGAAUAAUUGAACAGAAGUCACUGUCUACUUUAGGUCUACAAUCGGAUGGUUUGUCUGCUACCACAGCUACUGCUUCCACGACUUCUGCUGCUGCUGCGGCUACCAACCACAACAAUGUUGUUAAUGGUGGAGAAACUUCUAUGACUACUGUGCCUAACAAUAGGACAAUUAGUGAAACUGUUAAUGGAGCGACAGCAGGCCCGUCUGCUCAAAAACAACUGCAGGACAUACUGAUAAAAAAGAAAGAACAGGAUGUUGUGCAGACAGAAAUUAAAACUGAAUCCAAAUUUGAGAGUAAACCAUUCACUCUCAGUUCUUUGGAUGAUGACAAAAUGGCUGAAGAUACACAGAAAAAGGUUCCAACUCGAAAGAAAGAAUGGAAGUGUGACGAAUUGCGACAAUAUCUGAUGCCCAUUCUUGAAAAGUUGUAUCGAUUGGACCCAGAAUCUCUGCCAUUCAGGCAACCUGUUGACCCUCUUCAGUUAAACAUUCCAGAUUACUUUGAUGUAAUCCGUAAACCAAUGGACUUGUCGAAGAUCAGGAGGAAGCUGGAUACAGGCGUGUACACUGAACCCUGGGAGAUGGUCAACGAUGUUUGGCUGAUGUUCAAUAAUGCAUGGGUCUACAAUCGUAAGGCAUCAAAAGUCCACAAAUACUGUACUAAACUUUCGGAAGUGUUUGAACCGGAAAUAGAGGCAUUGAUGAAGUCACUGGGUUACUGCUGUGGUCGCUAUUACUACUUUAAUCCUCAGGUCCUCUGCUGUUACGGCAAGCCGAUGUGCACAAUUCCCGUCAAAGCAUCUUACUUUGGCUAUCUGAACAAGUACGUUUACUGUGAGAGUUGCUUCAAUGACAUAAAAAGUAAGGACGUGGAGUUGACUGAUGACCCUACACAACCUCCUGUGAUAAUAGAGAAGGCAUCAUUCAGUCGUUUGAAAAACAACAAACAAGAGCCAGAACUGUUUGUGGAAUGCACUCACUGCGGCCGCAAACAGCACCAGAUAUGCUCCUUGUACUAUCAACCUAUCUGGCCAGAUUGUUUUGUAUGUCACCACUGCUGCAAACAUGCCAAUAUCAAGAGGAAGGAGAACAAGUACACUGCCAAGAAUCUCCCACAGACAAAACUAGGCACAUACUUGGAGAACCGCAUCAACUCCUUCUUACGUGACAACAAGUCAGGUUCUGGUGACGUCAUCAUUCGAGUGCACUCCAGUUCAGAGAAGUUCGUCGAAGUUAAGCCAGGCAUGAAGGGACGUUUUUGUGCAAGUCAACAACAACAGCUAGCAUUAUCUUCUUCAUCCUCAUCGUAUGUUGACAACUCACACCAUUCUGAGUUUCCCGAAUCUUUUCCAUAUACUGCUAAGGCCAUAUUUGCUUACGAGGAUAUCAAUGGCACCGAUGUUUGUUUCUUUGGAAUGCAUGUCCAAGAGUAUGGGUCAAAAUGUCCACCUCCAAAUACAAGGCGUGUGUACAUUGCUUACCUGGAUAGUGUCAACUUCUUCCAGCCACGACAUUUCAGAACUUCUGUCUAUCAUGAAAUUCUCAUAGGAUAUUUAGACUACGUGAAGAAUUUGGGAUACACGACGGCACACAUUUGGGCCUGUCCACCAAGCGAAGGUGAUGACUAUAUCUUCCAUUGCCAUCCUCCUGAGAUGAAGAUACCGAAGCCAAAGCGACUGGCUGAUUGGUACAAGAAGAUGCUCGAUAAGGCCAUAAUUGAAAGGGUCGUCAUCGAUUACAAGGACAUCAUAAAAGAUGCCAUUGAGAAUGGAAUGAAGAAUGUCACAGAGAUGCCAUACUUUGAGGGUGACUUUUGGCCGAAUGUCAUUGAAACGUGCAUCAGUGAGAUGGAGCAGGAAGAAAUAGGAAGGAAAUUUGCUAUUGCUGAAAGUUGCAGUGGUGAUUUUGCUGCUACUGCAGCUGAUGACUGGAAUGGGAUUGGUGGCUGUAGUAAUGCUGCUGCCUCUACUGAUGAUAUCUGUGGUAUGGAUAUUGAUAACCAUUCAAAUUCUGGAGAGAUGUCUGUAAAGAAGAAUCAGAAGGGAGGGAAGUUGAACAAGAAGAAGACUGUGAACAAGAAGUCCACUCAGAACAAAAAGUCCUCCUCCAAAAUGGGCCAAGCAUAUCCUGGAAAUGAUCUCAUGUCCAAACUUUACACCAUGAUGGAGAAACAUAAGGAGGUGUUCUUUGUAGUUCGACUCCGCACCAGCCACGAGUACUCCUCAUCCUCUCAUCACUUGCCACAAAUUGUUGACCCCGAUCCACUUGUUUCCAGCGACAUGAUGGAUGGUCGGGACAACUUUCUGAUGACGGCCAAAGAGAAACAUUACGAGUUCUCUUCUCUUCGUCGAGCUAAACAUUCUUCCAUGGUCAUGUUGUACGAGCUACACACACAAGCCAGGGACAACUUUGGCUACCUGUGCAACAACUGUCGAACAAAUAUCGAGACUCAUUACCAUUGCUCCGUCUGUGACGAUUUUGACCUCUGCGUUCCAUGCUACCAGAAACUGGGACACAGUCACCAGAUGGAAAAGAUGGGACUCGGUCUCGAUGACGACUACGACAACGCUAUGACAUCCUCUUCUUCCUCAUCGCUAUCCUCCAUGAAUACCAAUCGACAACUCGUAGCCGGUGGGAUGGCCGCAGGAUCUUCUGCCGCUGUUUCUGUUAGUGGAGGUGCCGGUAAUCAGAGCGAGCUAACACCACAAGAGAUUAGAAGGCAGUCACUGCAAAGAUGCAUCGCGUCGCUGGUGCAUGCUUGCUACUGUUCUCUUUCUUCUCUCGAUGCUAACGACCCGACAACAUCAUCACAGUCCAUUUGUCCACAGCCAAGCUGCUCAAAGAUGAAGCGAAUCAUCGAGCACAGCAAGUCAUGCAAGCGACGUAACACGGGGGGCUGCGGUGUUUGUAAGCAGCUGGUUGCCCUCUGCUGCUACCACGCUAAGCACUGCACCGACAUGCUCUGCAGAGUUCCUUACUGUCUGGCCAUUCGAAACAAACUUCAACAGCAACAGAUGAUGAUGCGGCAUCAGCAGGCCCAGAUGAUGCGUAGGAGGAUGGCCACCAUGCAGCAUCAACAACACUCACAUCAUCAUCAGCAGCAGCAACAACUUUUCACACAACAGCGUGCCCUCGUGCAGCAGCAACAGCAGCAGCAGCAACAACAGCAGCACAACAUAAGAACUAAUCUCCAACAGCAGCAGCAGCAACAAUUGAGAGCAGGUAUGCAGUUUAAGCAAUUUUCUGGACCGGCCAUGAGACAGAUGAACCCACGACUGACAGCUCCUCAACAAAUUGGCAAUGCUGCAAGUGGUGAUUCUUCAUCGGAUCCUAACCAAAAGUUGUUGAUUAUUAAACGACAACAACAACUUCAACAACAGCAGCAGCAACAGCAACAACAACAGCAGCAGCAGCAACAGCAACAAAAAAUUGUGUUGACGACAUCUGGAAAAGGAAACACAACGAAUAUUGUUGCAGAUCCACAACUUAUCAACGUACUGAAGAACAACCCUCAAAUCAUGCAAGCCAUCAUUAAAAAGCAGCAGGAACAAAAUCAGCACAUGUCUGCCAGCAACAUGGAAGGCACGAGCAAUAUUGUCCUGGAGAUCAUAUCUCCUGGCCAGGCCACCGUAUCAGCUGUCAACCACGAUAAUAAUGGAUUGUCGCUGACUCAGACACAACAGCAGCAGCAGCAGCUUCUUCUGUCUGGGAAUAAUAAUAAUAAUAAUAACAAUACAUUACAAAUUAGCAACCACAACGGCAACAGCACGAACAACAUCAACAACGGUACAACACCGAUGAACAACAACACAAAUCGUCACGUUAUGCUGUCCCAGACACGAGCCAACAUGCUGGGCUUCAACAACACACCUAACGACACAUCUCUAACAUUACAGGACCAACUAUCUAGAUACGCUGAUCAACUCUGA